CACGUGGCUAGUGAUGCUACGUGCUAGCGUGCCACGCCGCCACGUGUAACCGCGUGCACAGUCGACGCGUCGACGCGAUCGCAGAGAUCGAGUCCGAGUUCCGAGUGGCUGUAGUGCCGUAGCAGUACUUAUAAUUUUCCGCCGUUCUUUACGCUGAAGCCUCACGCAGAUAUCAGAGCUAAGCUGGUAGCGGCCUGAAAAAGUUUCGUGCUCAAGUACUACCGUAUCACGAAGCAGGCAGUUCUGGAUGUACGCGAAGUACACGCGAAUCCUCUAUUUGAUAACCCCAGCAUAAACAAUUUUGAUAUACAACGAGGCUGUGUAUAAGCAGAAGUCAUGGAAUCAGAAGCGAAAAAUCAAAUUAUGUAUUGUGACGCGUUCUUCUACGCGACCAUGUGCCACGUUUGCAAACGGUUUGGCGACGGCGUUCAAUUGAAGAGAUGCAGUUGCUGCAAGAUGAUCGCCUAUUGCGGUAAGGAACAUCAGAGGCAGCAUUGGCAACAGCACAAACCUAUGUGCAAAGCCACACGGGACGUGCACCUAGAGUUCGGCAAGAAUCUUUCCCGUGCAACUACAGAGGAGUGGGUCUACGAGAAGCUGGCCAUCGCGCGGAUAGUGUCGUCCAGGCUGAAACGUCGUCUGAUUGUGGAUGAGAUGCAAAUGCUCUGUUUUCAAAGGGUGUGCUUAGUUUGCUACGAACUGAAGAGCAAGUUGUUGGAGACUUGUCAGAAGUGUGCUGCCAGCUUUUGUCAAAAUCACAAAUACAGUACUGAGCACAGGAACAUCUGCGCUCAACUGGAACUAUGUCUUCGCAUAGAUUUCUUUUCUAUAAAAGAAGGAACCAAUCCUCCGGACCUGCAGCCUUACUUGCAACAUUUCGUGCAAGAGUACUCGCACGUUUCUUGCAAGAAUAUAUUUCGGAACAUGAAGGACUUUAUCAAAGUUUUUAGGAAUAUUCGUACUGACUCGGAGAUGUCGAGCAACCUCCCGGCAAAUUUAAACUCAGAAUAUCUGACACCUCCCUUAACGUUGUUUCAUGCUAUGCAAUUAUUAAAUUAUGUCCCAAAAGGUAACGAUUUAGUCGUUCAUAUUCUAGGUGCGAGAAAGAGCGAAGAAAUCACCUUGAUUGGGUGGGAAAUUUUUCCGCGUUUAAUAGGAGCCAAGGUGUCAAUUAUAUUGAUAGGACCGGAAUUACCAUGUCAAUCAACGCUGUCACAUCAUUGCGAUAACUGUAUGUCACGGGAGAAAAAAUGUUUGACGUUUGAGUUACACGAUGGGUUAUACGAGGACUAUGUACGCAGUUCGUCAUUCGUAAAACCGGACUUGGUUAUAGGAUUUAAUAUGGGUGUUCGCAACCAUGAACCUCCAGUUGAGUCCAGUAAGAAAACGUGGACGCCGUCCAUUGAGUUGAUAGCGAAAGAAAAUUGUCCGUUUAUCUUGACGUCUUCCACGCUAUAUUCAUUUAAAAAAGAGACAGACAUAAUAAAAACAAUCCUGGAUAAAGAGGUAAACCAUAUAUAUAGUGGAAAGAAUCCAUUCGCCAGUUUAAUCCCAUACAGAGCUAUCGGCGGGCUGGAGUACGUAUCUUAUAUGAAUCAAUAUAUAAUUAUCUACAGAAGUCUGUUCAUAACUGAUAUGCGUAAUUUAAGCGACCGAUACAAACUAAUGUCUGUGUUUGAUGACGAAGAAAACAUUGCGCGUUAAAUGACACGCGAAUUAACUGAACUUAACGUUAAAUAAAUGUAACGGAAAGAACGCGGGUAAGAACAUGUAUGUACCACAUCUGCGAAUCGCGACGUGUCUUCACGAACCAAACUCCAAAAGACUGAUAGCCGACACGCCGGAAUGUCCUGCUUAUAUUUAUAUAGUAAUUAAAAAAUCCUAAAUGACUAUUUUCUAAUUGUAGAGUCGAUAAUUGUCUUACAUCAGUCGAGCAUAAUGGAUUAUACGAUUAUAGAUAUAACGGGACACAUGGAUGCGGUAACGUAGAUUGUAAAAUAUUAAUAUGAAUGGUAUGACUGCACUGCAAAUUCAAGUAUGUUUAACUGAAGCUCCCCUCUUACACAUUUAUUGCCAUUUUAAAUUACGUCAUUUAACACGGUUGAAUGUAUUAAAUUAACUUUUAAUUUCAGUUAAUUACAAUUAACUUUUAAUUUAAUUCUACCUUUUUUUUUUUAACACGCAACAAAAUAAAACGAGCUCUAGUAAAACGUGUCAUUUUUAGACGUUUGUGCGUGUAGAAAUAGCACACUUGGAUUUACAAUGUGUUCAAUUUCAAUUUUGUUUGUAAUGAAGACGAGUCUUUUUAGUAAUUGUUUUGUAAUGAAAUUUAUACUUUGUAAUAAAAUAUGUCAAGCAUUUA